CCUGUUCUCUCUUGACGCUCUUUUCACUGCUGCUUCAACUCUUCCAAGACCAAUCUCUCCUCUCUUCUUUACUGUUCAGAACUCUCCCCUCUUAAUUCGCACAUUACACCAUGGCUCAGUCUCCGCAGGAUUUGAAGGUGGCCAUUCUGGGCGCAGGUAUGGGUGGUUUGACCUGCGCUCUGGCCCUCGCUCGUGAGGGUUUCAAGAAUAUCGACGUGUAUGAGACGGCGCAUGAUUUGGGUUUCGUUGGAGCUGGUAUUCAACUGGCCCCCAACAUGGCGCGCGUCCUCGACCGCCUGGGAGUCUGGAAGCAGAUCGAGGCCGAGGCUGUGAACAUUGUUGAGACCAGCGUGCGGGUCGGAGCUACGGAUGCGGAAUUGGCCCACGUACCGCUAGAAUACAUCGCCGAGACGUAUGGUUACCCGCACAUGGUCGGUCACCGUUCGUCCCUCGCCAACGGUUUGUACCAAGGCUGUCUUCGCCACCCCGACGCCAUUCGCUUCCACUUCGCUACCACCGCUCAAGAUGUCUCCUUUGGCCCCAAGCCCUCUUUCAAGGCCGUUCCUCGUGACGCCAAUCAGCAGCCCUACCGCGUGGAAGCUGACGUUCUCCUCGGUGCCGAUGGCAUCAAGUCCAACACUCGUGUUGCCAUGCUCGACCUGCUCGGCAUCCAGGCUAGUGUCAAGGACACCAACCAGGCCGCCUACCGUAUCAUGAUUCACAAGGACCAGGUCAAGGACGACCCGGAGCUGCUGGCGCUGAUCAGCGGGAACAAGGUCACCCGCUGGAUUGGCGAAAAGCGCCACAUCAUCGCCUAUCCGGUCUCCAACAACACCAUCUACAACCUGUCGACCACCCAGCCUGACGUCAACUUUGCUGCUGCCACCAACGCUACCUACACCACCCGCGGUGACAAGUCCGUCAUGCUGAAGGUCUUUGGCGACUUCUGCCCCAUGGUGCAGCGCAUGCUCGGCUAUGUUCCCGAGGGGGAAGUCUGUGAAUGGAAGCUGCGGGUUCACGAGCCUCUACCCACCUGGGUGCACGAGUCGGUCGCCCUCGUCGGUGACUCGUGCCACCCGACCCUUCCUCAUCUGGCCCAGGGUGCCGCGCAGGCGAUUGAAGACGGGGCUGUCAUCGGCAUCGUCCUGUCCAAGCUGCCCGAUACCACCCCCGCCUCCAUCAACAAGGCCCUCAAGGUCUAUGAAAAGAUCCGCAAGGACCGUGCCUACGCUCUUGUCGAGCUGGCUGCCGCUUCCGGUCGGGCUUUGCACUUGGGUGAUGGUGCUGCCAAGGAGGAGCGCGACAAGCAGUUCGCCGCUCUGCGCCAGGGCAAGGGCCCAGUGCCCGACAAGUGGGCCGAUGCAGACGUGCAGCGCGAGAUCUACGGCGUGGACGUCACCCAGGAAGCCUCAGAGCGCUUCGAUGAGCUGUUCGCGGCGUAAGCACACCUCAUCCUCAUUCUCAUUCUUCUGUUUCUUCAUGUCUCUUUCUGUGGCCGGGCCGCCAUGAUUCCAGCAUGUUUGUUGUGUAUAUUUUUCUCUGUACAUAGAGCUGAUGGGGCUUCAACUUUUGGGAUAAAAAGAUCAGGUCGUGAAGCGAAACUGGUCUAAGACCUUGUUCAUCCUCCUGGAUGCGAUAUUAGCAUUGUCGAUACAAGCAAUUAUGAUUUAUGAUUCUUC